AUGGACUACGAAAUGGACAUCGAGCCCACCGGGCCCCAAGUGACCGUCCGCGAGGCCGAGCCCUACCGCGUGGACUUCAAACUCAGCUCCGUCGAUCUAGCCUUCGCCAACUCGAUCCGCCGCACCAUGCUCGCCGAGAUCCCCACGAUGGCGAUCGACCUGGUGGAAGUCGAGAAGAACACCUCGGUCCUCCCGGACGAGUUCCUGGCCCACCGCCUGGGACUGAUCCCGCUCAACUCCAAGAACUGCGACCAGGACGUCGAGUACACGCGCGACUGCGAAUGCGAUGACCGCUGCUCCCGCUGCAGCGUGACGCUGACCCUGCACGCACGCUGCACGAGCGACGAGAUCAUGCGCGUCUACGCGCGGGAUCUGGCCGUCAGCGGCGAGCGGGCCAACGAGUGGGUGGGCAACCCGGUGAUCACGGACCCCGAGGGCAAGGGCCCCCUGAUCUGCAAACUGCGGCGCGGCCAGGAGCUGAAGAUGACGUGCAUCGCGAAGAAGGGCAUCGCCAAGGAGCAUGCCAAGUGGGCGCCGACCGCCGCGGUGGGCUUCGAGUACGAUCCGCACAAUAAUCUGCGGCAUGUGGAUUACUGGUAUGAGGAGGAUGCGGCGAAGGAGUGGCCUAUUUCUCAGAACUCGGCAUGGGAACACGCCAACCCUCCGGAUCAGCCCUUCGAUUACGACGCUCAGCCGAACAAUUUUUACAUCGAUGUCGAGAGUAUCGGCAUGAUUGACCCGGAUAUGAUCAUUCAGCAGAGUAUCAUUGUGCUGCAGCGCAAGUUGGCCUCGGUCAUCUCGUCGCUGUCUGGCUCGGGUGACGGUGGUGCGGACCGUAACGGCAUGAUGGGUGGUGAGGACGACGAUAUGAUGCGCAGCCCGGAUGCCUACGAGCCGCCGGAGGGCAUCGAUGGCGGGUUCACGGCCUAUGCCAGUGGCGGUGCCAGUGCGUGGGGAGCCAGUGCUGCCACGCCGUACGGCGUCACGCCCUACGGCGGUGGCUAUGGGUUUUAG